AUGAGGAAGCAGGCUGAAUGCCGUCCAACCGUGAAUGACUUUUUACAGACGGCUGUUAUUCGAUACCCGCCGUUCAUCACUUUCCCGGAAUAUAGCACACCAGGUUGCCUGGAAGACGUCAUCCUGGACGAGCAACUAAUUGACCUGUUAGACGGCACCGAGUAUCGGCUUUUGCGGCACUUGUCGUCCAAGUUCAACUUCACAACGAGAUUUCUGUUGCGCCAACAAUUGGAGCUGUGGGGAACGGUCUACGAUAACGACACUGCGUCAGGAGUGAUUGGCAUGAUAAAGGACGGCAGCACUCACUUCGGCGUCGGCGGCUUUAAUUGGGACCUGCGUUACUGGCCGCACGUCGAUCAGCUCUUGCCUUACAGACGCACUCUUGUCAAGUUCCUCUCGCCUCGGCGCGGCGGCUCGGCUAAUUGGCUCGCACUCGUGCAUCCUUUUGACCUGAAAAUUUGGUCGUCAAUCUUUGUGGCGGUGCUGGCGGCCGCCACCUGCCUCAACCUGGCGCAGCGUGUCGAGAUCGGACAGCAGGGCGCCGACUUCGUGCUCUGCUUGCUCGUCUCCCUCGGCGUUCUGGCUCAGCAGGGCGACAUUCCCAAGAAUUGUUUUGAGCAGCUCAGAUUGUCCGAUGAUCAAAAUAUUGCUACCAUCAUGAAAAAAUUCCGCAUGUCCUCCUCGUGGGAUGAGUUGCUGAAGAGACUCAACUCGGGAAAAUUUAGUUACACCGCGGAAUGUUUGGACACUGGAUUUCUUUGCCUGCAGGAUGAUAUCACGACUGACAUGCUAGAAAAUUUGCACCUUUCAGAAGAUUUUGUUUUAACGUCGGAAAUCGCAAUGGUUAUGAAAAAAGGGUUUCCUCUGAAAAAUGCAUUUGACCGAGAAACCUCGCAUCUCAUCGAGAGUGGAAUUUUGAAGAUGUGGGAAGAUCAGGUAGUGCGAAAAAUUCCAGAGAGGGAUAUGGGUCGCUUGAUGAAAAAGAGAGGCGCCGCCACCGUCCCCAUCGCAAUUGGACUGUCCCACAUGGGGGGACCUUUCAUGAUGCUCAUUUUUGGCCUGUGUCUCGCAAUUUUCUCCUUCUGCAUGGAAGUACUAUUUUGCGGAAAAUCAGCAAGAAGUUUACAGCUGUAA